AUGCCAGCCAACCUCACGGAGGGCAGCCCCGACUCCAAGGGCUCCAGCGGGACCACGCAGACCCCGGAUGCUUCCCCAGCCCUCUGCACCGAAACGGUGACUUUCACUGAAGUGGUGGAAGGGGAGGAGUGGGGCUCCUUCCACUACUCCUUUAAGACUGAACAGUUGAUAACUCUGUGGGUCCUGUUUGUUUUCACCAUUGUUGGAAACUCCAUGGUGCUGUUCUCUACGUGGAGGAGGAAGAAGAAGUCAAGAAUGACCUUUUUUGUGACUCAGCUGGCUAUCACAGACUCUUUCACAGGACUGGUUAACAUCUUGACAGAUAUCAUUUGGCGAUUCACUGGAGAUUUUAUGGCACCUGAUCUCGUUUGCCGAGUGGUCCGCUAUCUGCAGGUUGUGCUGCUCUAUGCCUCUACCUAUGUCCUGGUGUCCCUCAGCAUAGACAGAUACCAUGCCAUCGUCUACCCCAUGAAGUUCCUGCAAGGAGAAAAGCAAGCCAAGGUCCUCAUCAUGAUUGCCUGGACCCUCUCUUUCCUCUUCUCCAUUCCCACCCUGAUCAUAUUUGGAAAAAGGAAACUCUCUAAUGGUGAAGUACAGUGCUGGGCACUGUGGCCUGACGACUCCUACUGGAUCCCAUACAUGACCAUCGUGGCCUUCCUGGUGUAUUUCAUCCCUCUGACAAUCAUCAGUGUCAUCUAUGCCAUUGUGAUCAGAACCAUUUGGAUUAAGAGCAAAGCCCACGAGACUGUGAUCUCCAACUGCUCCGAUGGAAAGCUGUGCACCAGUUACAACCGAGGGCUCAUCUCAAAGGCAAAAAUCAAGGCCAUCAAGUAUAGCAUUGUCAUCAUUCUCGCCUUCAUCUGCUGUUGGAGUCCAUACUUCCUCUUCGACAUGUUGGACAAUUUCAGUCUCCUUCCAGACACCGAGGAGCGCUUCUACGCCUCUGUGAUCAUUCAGAACCUGCCGGCUUUGAAUAGUGCCAUCAACCCACUUAUCUAUUGUGUCUUCAGCAGCUCCAUCUGUUUUCCCUAUGGGCAGCAAACAUCACGGGAUUCCAGAAUGACAUUCCAGGAGAGAACCGCGAGGCACGAGAUGCAGGUUCUAUCCAAGCCAGAAUUUAUCUAG